CCGCAUUUCAUGGUGUUGUUGUCCAGACCACACCCACUUUGAGCCACUGCGCACCACCCCAUCAUCAUGCGUGAGAUGCGGAGUGCGAGCAACGUGAUGCUCACGUUGAAGGAGCUGCAAUCAGACUAUGUGAAAGCAGGCGUGAUUGCGGCUGCAGGUGGCGGAGGAGCGAACGCGAACACCACUGGAAGCGCGCUCAACGCUGGUGGUGCUGGUGGUGGUCGUAGUGGUGUUGGUGAUGGACACACGAAGCCCGUGCGAGCCGUGGCGGUGUCUGCGGAUGGCAAGUGCGUCAUCUCGGGCAGCGCCGACAACACACUCAAGCUGUGGAAUCUGGAGACGCACCGCUGCACAUCCACGUUUGAGGGCCACGGCAGCUUUGUGGCCUGCGUGGCGCCGUCGCGGGACGGCAACUUCAUUGCCUCCGGCAGCGGUGACAACACCGUCAAGGUCUGGAGCCUGGGCUCGCACAAGUGCAUCCAAACACUCAAGGGACACGCCAACCCGGUGUCCUCGGUCAUGUUUUCGUCCACCGGCGAGGCGCUGGUCUCCGGCAGCCUCGACUUCACCGUGCGCAUCUGGGACUGGCGCAAGGGCAGGUGCACGGCAAUCCUGCGCGGGCACACGGAGAGCGUGGAGUGCCUCACCAUCAGCCCCAACGACCAGGUCAUCUGCUCCGGCGACAAGGACGGCAUCAUUCACCUGUGGAGCGCAGACACGGGCCAGCGCACCGCGGUCAUCCACGCCCACACCAAAAGCGUGGAGAGCGUGGCCAUGUCCCGCGACGGCAAGCUGCUGGUCUCCUGCUCCGAGGACGCCACCAUCAAGCUGUGGUGCGUUGACCUGCAGACUUGCAUCGGCGUCCUCCGGGGACACCACGGGCACGUGUACUGCGCCGCCCUCUCCCCGCGCAACGACGCCAUCGUCUCCUGCGGUGCAGACGGCACCGUGCGCCUGUGGAGCGCAGAGUCCAGCGCGUGCAUCGCCACCUUCUACGGCCACAAGGGCGUCGUGGCCAGCGCCACCUUCACCCCAACGGGCCGCCACCUCGUCUCCGGCGGCACAGACGCCACCAUCCGCAUCUGGGGCCUGCAGCCCGCGCCAGAGGUGACCAGCGCCGGCACACACGCGCGCAGCAUCGAGGGCGUGGCCAUCAUGCCCGAUGGGCAGUCGGUGGUGUCGUGCAGCACGGACGAGACCCUGCGCAUCAGCACCAUCCCGCGGCUCAUGUGCACAGACACGCUCGCCGGCCACUCGGACGGCGUGUUUGCCGUCGCUGUCGACAGCGAGGGCAAGUACCUUGCGUCAGGCAGCGACGACACCACCGUGCGCGUGUGGGACGCCAGCAGCCGCGACGUGGCUGCUGUGCUGCAGGGGCACACCGCCACGGUCACCUGCCUCGCAUUUGCCACCGCCACCGCCACCAGCACCACAAGUGCCACCGCCACCACCAGCACGGCGACACCUUCUUCAAGCAGCGCGCGCCACCUCAUCUCUGGCAGCGUCGACACGACGCUGCGCGUGUGGGACGUAGCGGCGCACAAGUGCGUGGCCACGCUCAGCGGCCACACCAGCGGCGUGUACGCGGUGGCGCACACGCAGCAGGAGGGCGGCUCACACCUGCUCGCAUCCGGCAGCGAAGAUGGCAUUGUCAUGCUGUGGACCGGCCUGAGCAAGCCGUCUGUCCUGCUCACCCUCAACGCCCACACGUACGGCAGCUUUGAUGCGGACGAGGCCGGGGUGAGCGACCUCGCGUUCACGCCCGACGCGCGCACGCUGGUCUCGGCCGGCGACGACGGCACCAUUCGCCUGUGGGACAUUCCGCCAGAGGCCGUUGUUGUUCCUGAGCGCGUUGUGUGCAGGGCUGUGCUCACGGGACACGAGGGGUGUGUUACGUGCGUCACAGUUGCGAGCGACAACCGCCACAUCAUCUCUGCGGGGGAAGACGCCACAGUCAAGGUGUGGCAGCUCGAAAGCACAGCAACAGCAGCAACAGCAGCAGCAACGACAACGGCAGCAGGGCACUCCUCCUCCUCCUCCUCCUCCUCCCAUGCCUCCUCCCCCCUCUCUCCCAACUUUCCUUCUUCCUCCACAUCGCAUGCACACGGCAGCAACGGCCUGAUCAGCAGCGGCGGUGGCGCUGUGUGCAUCUGCUCGCUGGAGGGCCACACCGACAAGGUCAACGCCGUGGCCGUGAGCCCAGACAUGCAGUUUAUCGUGUCGGCCGGCGGCACACACGACAAAACGCUGCGGGUGUGGCCAAUGGGGUCCAUGCUGGCGCCGGAGCGCUGCACGGACCUGCCGCACAUGCCGACGUUUGCGCUGACAGGCACGAUUGCGCACGACCGCUUCAACGAGAACCCGGCACGCCGGCUGAAUGCACUGCAGCGCUGCCUGACUGCGUUCCCGUCCACGCUCGAGUGCACCAUGCCAGAUGGCAGCGACCCGCACGCGCAGGGCGCAGUGCACACGCGCAACGGUGGUGGUGCCGUGGUGACAGCAGAUGAUGCACCGCGCUCGUCACAGCAGCUGCAUGCGCAACAACUCCAGCGCCAUCGCACACGCAAGGGCCAGCAGCAACAACAGCUGUCCACCCUGCACGAGAGCGCGUCCAGUACUGGGGAUGGUGAUGGCGGUGAUGAGGAUGGGGAUGGUGCUGAUGAUUUUGGUGGCUUUGGUGAGAGCGAGAGCGGUGAGAGUGUGGACCGCACCACGUCCAAGUCCGCGCUCGUGCAUCCUCACCAGCAACACCACCAGCACCACCAGCAACACCAGCAUCAACACCAGCUGCAGAAGCGACGGCACCGUCGCGGGGGGCGGCGCGGGAUGAAGACGGGGCUGAGCCCGCUGGCAUGGGCGGCGAGCGACAGCAGGCGUUUGGACGUGCUUGCAUGCAUGCUGUCCAUCCCAACGGUGCCCGUGCUCAGUCUCGAGCGCCAGCCCUCCAUGCUGCACGCGGCCAUCACGCACGCCAAGGACGUGGAGGUGCUGUCGAUGGUGACGGCGAAGAUUGCAGACGCCGCGCGGGCACAGGACCGCGGCAAGGCCAACCCGGCCGACCACUACCCCUGGGAGCUGUCCCUGCUCAGCCUGCAUCACGGCUUCACGCAGGACCUCAUGCUGCUGAUUCGCGAGUUCCCCCAGGUUGCCGCGGCGUUCCUGCGAAACCUUGGCCUCGUCCUGUCCGGUGCUGACGUCGGCUACGACCACCGCGCCACGCGGCUCCCGACAUCGCGCAUGAUUGUGGUGGGCGACGAGUGCCCCGUCGAGAACGCCGGCCUGUGGCAGUCGCUGCGGGCAUCGGGGGAGCUCGAAGCACUGGAGACGCAGUCGAACCACACCGUGCUCACGGAGGCGCGCGUCGUGCCCGUACCAUACGCGGCUUCGACGCUCCCUGACGGCACGUGCCUGCUGGACACGCUGGUGGAGGCCGGGCGGGCAGAGCUGUUUGGCAACUACAUUGCGCGCGCAGUCGUCCGCUUCAAGUGGGAGACAUAUGGGCGACGCAAGUUCAGGAACGAGGCCAACUGGUACCUGCUCUCCGUCGUCUUCAUCACCGUGCUCACGUUUGUUGUCGAUCUGCAAGGCAACGACGUGUCGCAGCUGCUGUCCAGCAAGGCCUCGGCAACAGAUGUGGUGUCGGUGAUCAUGGUGCUUGUGCUGGGGCUGUACGCCGCCUCCGAGGCCAAACACGAGAUGCUGGAGUGGCGGUACCUGCGCGGGCACUGGCGCGACUUCUGGAACUGGCUUGACUCCCUCAACAUUGUCCUUGCCUUUGUGGUGCUGGCCACUUACCUGGGCGGGUGGCAGCACGCGCGCGCCGUGCUGGCGAUUGCGUCGUACCUCCGCUGGUUUGGCAUCCUCUACCACCUGCAAGCGUUCAAGACGACCGGCCCGCUUGUGCGCAUGAUCCUGGCCAUCUGCUUUGACAUGCGCUACUUCCUGGUGGUCCUCGGCAUCAGCAUUGUCGCCGCGUGGACGUCGUUCCGGCUGCUGCUGCUGGAUGACAAGACGGUGCCCUUGGACGGGCUCGGCGACCCGGCCAACGGCCUGCUGAUCAUGUUCAACAUGCUGCUGCUGGCGGAGUUUGAGCUGGACACCUUUGGCGGCACCUAUGCCGUGCUGCUGCGCAUCCUGUUUGUCAUCUCCAUGGUGCUGGUCCCCGUUGUGCUGCUGAACCUGCUGAUUGCGCUCAUGUCGGACUCGUACGAGCGCAUCCAGGACCGCGCAGACAUUGAGUUCCAGCUGCUGCGCGCACGCUACCUGCGCGAACGCGAGCUGUUCCUGUCGCCGGCAGAGAAGAGCGACCCCAAGCUGUUUCCAAAGUGGCUGCACGUGCUCGUGCCCAAGAGCACGGGGGUUGGCGAGAGCACGCCCGGGCAGCAGUGGCAGGGCAUGCUGACCAUGCUCAAGAUGGAGAUGAAGACGCAGUCGCGGGCGUCUGCUGCAGACGUGAAGGCGCGCGUGGACGAGCUGGCGGUGCGACUGGCGGCCAUGGAGGCGCAGGUGCACGGGGUGCAGGAGAGCCUGGCGGAGAAGGUGGGCGCACUGCAGCGCGACAGCGCCCGCAUUAUCGCUCUCUUGCAGCAGCAGCGGCAGAAUAACACCUGAUUCCAAUUCGUCUGUUUGUUUGUUUGUUUGUUUGUUUGUUUGUGUUUGUUUGUUUGUUGGGCUGGCGUUUCUUUGCUUCCAUGCUAAUGCUGUGAUGAAAGCUUCAGGACCCACCCAUGUGGGUUCACGUUUUAUUUUUGUAUUGGGGUGCCCAAGAGAGUUGUUUGUUGCACGCGUCGCAUCACGCGGCCAUACACAGCAAAACAAGC